UUUAGCGUCGAGAGACACAUUUGCCGACGUACCAAAUAGCCGGAAGUUUGUCGCACCGUGUGGGUUACGUUUGCAUAUUACUCAAUAAAACAUCUAGUUAAAAAGAACUGAGAGGAUUUUUUUUACGAAYCUAAGAAUAAAACAUGUCGGACAACGAAGAUAAUUUUGAUGAUGGCGAUUUUGAUGACGUCGAGGAGGAUGAAGGGUUGGACGACCUGGAAAAUGUCGAAGAUGAGGAUCAGGAGAAUGUGCAGAUCCUGCCUGCAGGUGAGGGCCAGCAGGCCAACCAGAAGAGGAUCACCACACCGUACAUGACCAAAUAUGAGCGGGCCAGAGUGCUGGGAACCCGGGCCCUGCAGAUAGCGAUGUGCGCUCCUGUUAUGGUGGAACUGGAGGGAGAAACAGACCCUCUGCAGAUCGCUAUGAAAGAACUCAAGAGCAGAAAGAUCCCCAUCAUCAUUCGCAGGUACCUCCCUGAUGGGAGUUAUGAGGACUGGGGCUGUGAUGAGCUCAUUAUAACCGACUAAACCUCCCAUCCUGUCUGCUCUGACAAAUAUUUAUCUCUGAUAUUUGGACUUUUAGAGUUUCUCAAACUUACAAAGUUCCCAAAGUGCAGUUUCUCAUUCUGAAGUAUAAGGUGAUGUAAUUUGUUCUCAUUGUUUUAACUGCUGCGUUGUGAGUAAGAGGGAACUCCAGUCAAACACUUUUUAAAAAUAAUUCUGUUGUAACUUUUGAGUUUGUUGUUUUUUUCAUAAAAGAUUGUUGGUGUAAAUGAAACAUUUUGCUGUUGUUAAUAAACUUUUUUAUAAGCUGUUAUUGGUGUCUAUCACACAAUAAGCUGCUUAAGAGUUGUAGUGAGUGAAGUGUGAAGUUAAACCUGAGGAAUAUUUCCAGUCAUUGCGACAGAUCUAAAAAUACAGCUUUAGAUCUGCUGAAGUUAACUAAAUGUUUGCAGACUAACUCUCCAUCCACUGUUCUGUUUUGUACAAUUUUAUCAAAACAAGUUCUCAGCUUCUGAUGGUGCAGGUCAGCUCUCUUUGCUCAGAGCUAACAAAGCUAGCAAGUAAAAGUCACAGAUGCCUCUUGGGGAAUGAGCCAG